AUGGCGCGCUCUGGCUUCAUCGUCGCCCUUUCGGUGGGCGCUGCAUUUGGGCUGCUGUUCCUCUUGCAGCUGGUUGUAGAUAUCGACCUGCCAAUUGGAAACCCUGCUCCGGCUUAUUCGCCUCCUCACUUGAAUGAGAACUACAAGACCUUUUUCGAGCAAUCAUCAAGGGCCGACGAUAGCGUUUUCCUGUUGGGCGCCGGUAAAGCUGAUAUUACCGGGGCCGUAGUCGAGGUCAAUCUGAAUGGAUAUGCCAAUAUCAGCCAAGUUGGAUCAGGUGUGCGGCAGAGAAUGUAUGCGCGGACAUUCAUCAUUGCCGAUCCAGACAAUACAACCAAUACUUUCAUCUACCUCGUUCUUGAUGCCCAAUCCGGCGAUACUGCUGUUCGAAACGGUGUCCUGCAGGGGAUAGCAGCCCUAGGGGGAGAGUAUGCCCGCUAUGGCGAGCAUAAUAUAGCCCUGAGCGGAACCCAUGCUCACUCUGGAGUCGGCGGGUGGAUGAAUUAUUUAUUGCCUCAGGUUCCAUCCCUGGGAUUUGACAAGCAGAGCUACCAGGCGAUGGUUGACGGUGCGCUGCUAUCCAUCCAGCGAGCCCAUGAAAGCCUGACACCGGGCCAGUUAACCAUAGGCAACAUCGAAAUCCCCGACGGCAAUAUCAACAGAAGUCCUUAUUCUUAUUUAGCAAAUCCGGAGGAAGAGAGAGCCAAGUAUGAGUAUGACACGGACAAGACAAUGACCUUAUUACGCUUCGACCGCACGUCCGAUAGUAAGACUUUUGCUGUCUUGAGUUUCUUCUCUGUCCACGGCACCUCGCUUUAUGAGAACAACACCCUCGUUGCAGGAGACAACAAGGGUGUCGCAGCUUAUCUAUUUGAGCGCAGCGUUGCAAAUGAUACCAGAUUUGCAGAUGGGUUUAUUGCAGGGUUUUCGCAAUCAAGUGUUGGUGACUCCUCACCAAAUGUCCUUGGUCCUUACUGCGAAGAUACAGGGCUACCCUGUCGUUUUUCGGAUAGUACUUGCAAUGGAAAGACAGAGCUAUGUCGCGGACGAGGCCCUUACUUUUAUAUGAACGAUGCCGGCACAAAGAGUUGUUUCGAGAUGGGACGACGGCAGUACACAGCGGCCAGGACACUUUAUGAUCAACUGGAUGUUAAUGGUACCCAGAUAGUUGGGAGCUCAAAUGUUGCUUCGUUCCACAUUUAUCACAAUUUUACGGGAUAUACGUUUCCCUCACCCUUUAACGGAUCGACAUUGACUACAUGCUAUGCAGCACUCGGAUACUCCUUUGCUGCGGGAACUACUGACGGGCCUGGAGACUUCGACUUUACUCAGAACGGCACUGGGCCAGCCGCAAGUAAUCCUCUGUGGGCUGUUGCUCGUGCAUUUAUACAUGAGCCAUCUGCAGCGCAGAACGCCUGCCAAGCGCCGAAAGAUAUUCUCCUUGACGCAGGAGCCGUGAAUCUACCAUACGCCUGGGCACCCAAUAUCGUUGAUAUUCAACUUCUUCGCAUCGGACAGCUGAUCGUCAUCGUGUCCCCUAGCGAGGUCACCACCAUGUCUGGGCGCCGUUGGAAGGACCACAUACUCAAUGCAUCCUCAGAAGUUCUAGGCAUUACCGAUCCGUUGGUCGUCCUCGGCUCUCCGGCCAACACAUACGCUCAUUACCUGACUACCGAGGAAGAGUAUGGCGUCCAACGCUACGAAGGGGCAUCUACCUUGUUCGGACCAAAUGAGCUGGCCGGGUAUAUAAACCUGACAUUGACUUAUCUCCCCCACUUAGGAAGCCAGUCAUCUGUAGCCGCAUUGCCACCACUAGCUCACGGCCCAGAGCCUCCUAUUAACACAAACGUCUCUCUUGACUUCAUCACCGGAGUCGUGUACGACAAUCCAACUUCAGGCUACUCCUUUGGCGAUGUUAUAUCUACGUCUCCCAACAUCACGUACGGUCCCGGUGACACACUCAAUGCGACUUUUGUUGGCGCCAAUCCACGCAACAAUCUACGACUAGAGGGCACAUUUGCUGCCGUCGAGUGGUUCAACGAGACUUCGAGUAUGUGGCAGACAGUACGCACGGACGCCGACUGGAACCUUGUCUAUCAUUGGGUACGAACCAACACCGUGCUUGGCUAUAGUAAUGUUAUCAUGUCCUGGAAUAUUGAAGACAGCUACUAUGCGCUGGAUGACCCGAAUCCCGUGCAGAGUGGCUCUUAUCGCCUGCACUAUUAUGGUGAUUCCAAGAGCGCCCUGGGUAAAAUAACGUCCUUUGAAGGUAUAAGCGGUACGUUUACAGUUGAGGCUUAG